AUGACUCUGACGGUAGGUGAAACUGAAGUAUUAUUACACGUACUUGGUUUAGAACCCACAACAGAACCCUCGUCGUCCCGGCCGCGAGAGGAUUAGCGACCAGAAUAAUUGUAUUUUUUAUUUUUAUAAUAAAUCAUUACCUCUAUCAUGACACAACGCCUUCCUUCAACUUUCUUGGGGGGAAGGGGGGUUCCGUAGUUCUUUAAGUACUAAAUAGGAUGGGAGGUGGGAAAAAGAGCUUUCGUUGGUGUUAAAACGGAAAGGUCGCUAUGGAAUGCCGUCCCGCAGCUGCAUAAUGCCGUAUCGCGACUUUUCGCCAUUGUUUCCAUAGCGACCACAUGGACAAAAUCCGCUAUAAAUCGGUCAUUGUAUCGCGACUUUUCCACAGCGAGGCGCCGUCACCUCGCUAUGGAAUUGCUACUAGGGACUAUCCGAGCCGAAAACAGAACCGCUCACUAAACGUGGAUCGCAGAGAAGAGAAGAUAUCAACUAGGACAUUAGAAGUCAUCAAUUAAAUCUACUUCGU